AUGGGCUGCCAGGACCUGCUAGAGAAUGUCCCGGGCCGGUCCAAGGCAGCCUCAGUCCCUCUGCCCGGCUGGAGCCCGAGUGAGACCCGCUCCUCCUUCAUCAGCCGAGCCAACCGCACCCGCAGCGUCAGCUCCCGAAACCUGACCAAGAGCGACGAGCUGUCCAAUGAGAUCAGUGCAGUGCUGAAGCUGGACAACACGGUGGUGGGUCAGACGAGCUGGAAGCCGGUCAGUAACCAGGCUUGGGACCAGAAGUUCACGCUAGAACUGGACCGGUCCCGGGAGUUGGAGAUCUCGGUGUACUGGAGGGACUGGCGGUCGCUCUGUGCUCUCAAGUUCCUGCGGUUGGAGGAUUUCUUGGACAAUCAGCGCCAUGGGAUGUGCCUUUACCUGGAGCCACAGGGCAUGCUGUUUGCAGAGGUGACCUUUUUCAAUCCCGUCAUCGAGAGGCGGACGAAGCUGCAGAGACAGAAGAAGAUUUUCUCCAAGCAGCAAGGGAAGACGUUCCUGCGUGCUCCUCAGAUGAACAUCAACAUUGCCACAUGGGGCCGGCUGGUGCGCAGAGCCAUCCCCACCGUCAGCACCAACUCCUUCAGUCCUCAGGCAGCGGAGAGCGGCCACAGCAGUCUGCCCGGCUCACCCACGCCCUGCAGUGACCCGCUGGUGACCAAACUGGACUUCGACAAAGAGCCGAGUCCGAGGCCCCAGCGCCACCGCCUCCCGAGCCCCGAGGAGGAGGAGGAGGAGGAGGAGGAGGAGCGAGCGGAGCACAGCCGCAGCACGGGGCCUGACAAAGAGGAGGUGCAGGACGCGCUCGCCUCGUUCGACUUCCUGAACAAGAGGAACAGUAUCGCCGUGAAGCCCGACCUGGACCUCAACCUGGACCAGGACCAGGACUUUCAGCGCGGUGGCCUCCAGAAGAACCAGGAGAUCAGGGAAGAGGAGCAGUUCCACUUCAGUCUACAGGACUUCAAGUGUGUGGCGGUCCUGGGACGUGGGCACUUUGGGAAGGUUCUGUUAGCGGAGUACAAAGCCACUGGGGAGAUGUUCGCCAUCAAAGCACUGAAGAAAGGAGACAUUGUGGCCAGAGAUGAAGUGGACAGCCUGAUGUGCGAGAAGCGGAUCUUCGAGACGGUGAACAGCGUGCGGCACCCGUUCCUGGUGAACCUGUUUGCGUGUUUCCAGACGGCGGAGCACGUGUGUUUCGUGAUGGAGUACGCGGCGGGGGGGGACCUCAUGAUGCACAUCCACGCCGACGUCUUCUCCGAGCCGCGGGCCGUAUUCUACGCGGCCUGUGUGGUUUUGGGGCUGCAGUUCUUACACGACCACAAAAUUGUCUACAGAGACCUGAAGCUGGACAACCUGCUGCUGGACACAGAGGGCUACGUGAAGAUCGCAGACUUUGGACUUUGUAAAGAAGGAAUGGGCUUCAGAGACCGCACCAGCACCUUCUGUGGGACGCCCGAGUUCUUGGCGCCUGAAGUCCUGACCGAGACGUCGUACACGAGGGCGGUGGACUGGUGGGGGCUCGGCGUGCUCAUAUUCGAGAUGCUGGUGGGAGAGUCGCCGUUUCCCGGAGACGACGAAGAGGAGGUGUUCGACAGCAUCGUGAAUGACGAGGUCCGGUAUCCACGCUUUCUGUCCACAGAGGCCAUCUCCAUCAUGAGGAGGCUGCUGAGGAGGAGUCCAGAGCGACGACUCGGAGCCGGAGAACGAGACGCAGAGGAGGUGAAGGAGCAUCUGUUCUUCAGGAACGUGGACUGGAACGGCCUCUUGGCGAAGAAGGUGAAGCCUCCGUUCGUGCCGACGAUCCAGGGCGACAGCGACGUCAGCAACUUCGACGACGAGUUCACGUCAGAGGCGCCGAUCCUGACGCCGCCGCGAGAGCCCCGCCCCCUUUCCGGCGCCGAGCAGGACAUGUUCAACAACUUCGACUACAUUGCGGACUGGUGUUAG